AUAAUGGAAGGACGUCAGAGCUGCAGUAAUAAAUAGAGAUGGGGAGGUUGAGAGAGCUUCAUCUUCAGACCACUGCAGCCUGAAACAGCAGACACAUAUUUAUGAUGAUGCUCUUCCCGCUCCUCCCGCUGAUGCUGUUGUCAGUGUGCACCGCUCGUGUCGGCAGCGUUUCAGCGCCGGUCCACACCUUCAAACAAACCGACCCGGUCACCGGGAUGCAGCUGGAGUGCGAUCGCUGCCCGCCUGGUACUUUCCUGCGCGCAAGCUGCACGUCGACGCACAAGAGCGAGUGCGCGCCGUGUCCGCAGGGCUCGUUCACGGAGCUGUGGAACCACAUCGAAAAGUGCCUGCGUUGCGGCGUGUGUGGCCACAACCAGGUCGUGAAAGCGGCUUGCGCCGCUGACAGCAACUGCCAGUGCGAAUGUAAACAGGGAUACUACUACAAGACCAAGUACGAAAUGUGCGUCCGCCACAGCGAGUGUCCGUCCGGAGAGGGAGUGCUGAGCACAGGUACGGCUAACGAGGACACAGUCUGCCACACUUGUCCCGAUGGCACCUUCUCCGACGCCGUCUCUGCUGAGCUGAACUGCUCAGAGCACAAGAGCUGCGAUGCUGCGGGGCUGGUGCUGGUGCUGAAGGGCUCCAGCUGGCACGACAGCGUGUGCGUGAGCUGCGGAGACCUCAGAGCCACAGACGGUGCCAACUACCUCAAAGAUAUCAUCCCAGCAUUCUUCCUCCACCACAAAAUGUCCAUCAGGCGGCUGCGUCGGCUCGUGCACAACCUGCCCUCCGAGGAUGGCAAAAAACAGGGAGGAACCUCAACACUCAGCCUCUCAGAUGCUAAUGUGCGGAUCAACAUGUGGGUUGCUUCUGCCACGGCAAAGCAGAUUCGGCAGCUUCCAGCAGUGCUGACGAAAGUAGGAGCGAACAACAUUGGGGAGAGACUACAGAAUAAGAUGCACAGAAUCGACUCUAAUCUGAAGGAGCUGUGCACUUUGGGGAAUGAGGAGGUAGUAGAGUAGUUUUAGUGUCAGAGUAGGACAAGGUAGAAAGUGUCUUGUUAUAGCAACCAAAGAGUUUGACUGGUCCAGUGUUCAUUAAAAAAAAAAAAAAAAAAAAACUUUAUUUUUUGUGUAGUUCAAAAAUUGAUGUUUGAGAUGCACUGUUAAUACAGGCUUUAGUACUUUUUGCAUUAGUUAAAGGAGAAUACCAGUCAUUGAGAGGAAAAGUUCAUUUAUUUCUAUCUGCAUCUACUUAAUACUAACACUCCUCCUGUUUCAGAGCCUCCAGUUUUUUUUUUUUCCUCAAAAAAUGGACCAAACAAUCCAAACUUCAUGGAUUUGCUGAACUUGAAAUUACCUGCUGUCCUGUGUAACAAAACAAAAUUAUAAAUAGAUCUUAUUGGAAACUAUGCAAUGAAACGAAUGUUUUGGAGGACAUUUCAUUUCAGGUGAGGUGAUUACCAGGAAGUAUCGUACCUGACGUUUCAGUGCCUAAUUGUAUUAGUACUAACCGCAACAAGUGAUGUACUCCAAAGCACAAAAUUCUUGUAUUUCAUUUCUGUGAGUGAAAACAGACAGAGAACCUGCACAACUGACACUCAAAAUUAAAUUUUGAAAACCACCGGUAUUACCCUUUAAAAUAUAAAAAGUGUUGGCCUACAUCUACCUCUUCCUAUGUCUACGUCGCUAAUAUUCCAAAGGUUUCCUUUUGUGUAAUGGCAUAACAUGUGAACAUGUGAGAUCUUAAUUUAUUUUGCUAUUUAUAUGAACGAGGUAAGAGGGCAUGGUAGUGGAGCUUUUUUUUGCCAUUAUUUUUAUAAAUAUGAAAGUGAAGUUGGGUCAUGUGUGGCUGCUUUGAAUGAUGCUCAAAUAAAAAUGAACACAAAUAAAACCAA